AUGGAUUACCCGAUGCGGGGGGUGCAGCAGCACCAAGGAUUCCGGGCGGUUCAUCCAUGGCAGUGGUGGCAGUGGCAGCUCUCCGUCCUGGCUUCUUCCUCUUCGCCUCCGGCUCCGUCGACGCGGCCGCCCAACCACGUCAGCUGGGAUGAGACCGGCGCCGCGCAUAUCUACUCCGCCGACCUCCCCGGCGUGAGGAAGGAGGAGAUCAGGGUGGAGAUUGAGGACGGGAGGUACCUCGUCAUACGCACCGAGCUGGACGCUGGUGACGCGGAAGUCCACGGCCGCCGAGGCAGCUUCGCGAGGAAGUUCCGGCUGCCGGGGAUGGUGGACGCCGACGGCAUCACGGCCGAGUACGGCCACGGCGUAGGCAUUUCCUAUAUGGCGCCCGUUGCACCCGUUACAGGCGUCGGCGCAAACGGGCGCACACCCCGCCUCCUUCCAUCGAUGCGACAUGGGCCAGCCCAUUUAACUUUUUUCUUCUUCUGUUAA